GUUGGGUUGCAAAAUAUAAAAUGAUAUUGAUUUGACUUCCAAUUUUGACUAUAAAGACGCAGUCAAAUAAUAGUCUGUACUUGUGCUUAACCACGAUUUAUUUAGUGCUUUAAUAAAUGAACGCACCAAUACAACAACAGGUUUCAAAGAAUGAACAGACUGCUGAAUUUCCUUCGGGCACUGAUUCUGUUGCCGUGGAAACAUCUAUCAAUAAGAUGGAAGAUGAAGAUUCACUGAGCCGGUCAGCUUUUCGAAGGGAUAGUGGCUCUCGAUUAACCACAAAAAAGGUCAAAAUUGUUGAUCCAAAGCAAAAUGUGGAGGUUGAAUCAGAUGAUGAAGAUUUAUCAUCACAAAUAAAUACUUCGUGUGUUCCUGUAUCUGGGGAAUCAGUUGGCACUGUGAAUUGCGGCCAGUUGAUUGAUCCGCAAGCUUCUGCUGCUUCCGCUGACCGCAAGAAAACAAAAGAAGAACGAAAAAAAGAGCGCGAAAAGAAAAAAGAGGAGGAAAUGUUAAAAAAGUAUCAAGCGGAACAAGAAGCCAAACAAAAAGUAUCAGCAAAAUCGAAAUGCGGUCGUUGGAUAAAGCAUAAUCUCAAGAUUGGUGAGGGUGGGUAUAAAUUUGUUUACCGUGGAUAUGAUAGUGUUGAAGCCAGAAAUGUUGCAUGGUGCGAAUUCAAACGUGAGCAUGUUGAUACUAAAGAAAAGCGUCAAGCAAUGUUCAGAGAAACAGAGAUUAUGUUGAAGAUGAACCAUCCACACAUAGUCAGAUGUUUUGAUGUUUUCAGAGAGUGGAUUGAUAUGGAAGAUCCAAACAAUCAAAUUGAAGAAAAGGGAGUCGUAAUUGUUCAAGAAUUGAUGGGCGAAGGGACUCUAAAAAGCGUAAUCAGAAAGAACUUCUUAGAUGGUCAAUGCAUCCUUAAAUUUCCUCUUAUUACACGCUGGUGGCAUCAGAUUCUCGAUGCUUUACGUUAUAUGCAUCAUAAAAUUCAACCUCCUAUUCUCCACAGAGAUUUAAAAGCUGAUAACUGCUUUUUGUAUGGCGCAUCAGACGAAGAAUAUUUAAACGUUAAGGUUGGAGAUUUUGGUUUGGCAACUCAUGUGAGCAACAGUGGAAGAAAAACUAUGUUGGGCACAUUAGGUUUUAUGGCACCAGAGAUUUUUGAUGAGAAAUAUGAUGAAAAAGUCGAUAUUUACGCUUUUGGUAUGUUAAUGUUAGAAGUGAUGACAAAUCGUACACCUUAUGAUGAGUGUGAAACAGUUUUACAAGUAGCAGCUAAAACUAUGUCUGGGCAGGGACCUGACAUCAUGCAAAUGGUAUCAAAUCCGUCUUUACGUGAAGUCAUCAGUGCAUGUAUUCAACCUUUGACAUGUUUUCGUCCUACUGCAGAUGAAUUGUAUUUCCAUCCAUUAUUUCAAAAAUAUCAGGAAGGCAACGAUUCAUGGCCGAAAACAUUACCUGUGGAAGUCGAACCGAACUAUGAUAAUGCCACAGAUCGUGCAGAGGUCCUGGACCGUUUUGUACGUUCCCUAGGGAAUCCAGAAACACGUAACCCAAAUUUCAAUUUGCGGCUAAGAUUUCGUGAUAAAAAGAUGUUACAAGAGUUAGGAUUGGAUGAUGGUGAAUCGCUAGAGUUCGAUCUCGAUAUUUAUAAAGCUGAGGAUCAAGAUAUUCCAGAUCUAAUUCACAAUUUGAGACUUGGAUAUGAAGAUAAACUAUGGCGUGUGUUUGAAAAUCCGAAGCAACCUGAUAAAAAGAUCGUCUCCAAUCAUUUAGACAAACUUUUCAGUAGUAUAAGAUUACAAAUGCAAUUUCUGGUCAAAGUCUUACUAGGUAAACGUUGGAAAGCUAUUCUAGAUUCACUUGUUCAAGACCAACCUGUACGUAAAAAACAGGAAGGUGCUUCUGCUGUUGAUGAAGAUGAUGAAAGUGAUACAGAUGCAUAUGAUACAAGCAGCUUCACUAUCAUUGGGAAGUAUAAGAGCAAAUGGAAUAGAGCUAAAAAGUUAUUAGAGAAAGAAAUACAAGCUUAUAGAAAUUCUACAGUAACUGUUUCUUCUGCCGGUUCUUCAAAUGUUACAUGUAGCGCAGUUACUGCUGUUGGAACUACAUCAGUGUCAUCAGUUACUUCUACCAUUCCGUUUCCUGCUGUAGCGCUGUCUCAACCAAAUGUAGAUACGACGCAUAAUCUUGUCAGCGCAAGUGGUCUUGGAACUUCUGAACAGGUAUCUAUAGUCCCUCCGAGCAAAAUCAUGUCAGAACCAGUUGAUAGCUGUCAUUCAAAUCUUGAUAGUUCUCAUCAAGUUUCCUCCACAGGAACUGGUUUGACGUCUAUUGGUAAAUUUACUGUUACAAUUCCACCCAGUGCUACAGCUGCUCCAGCUACUCCUGGUGUUCUUCCGCCAUUAUUCGUUAAUGGGCCAGGACCAACUCCAAUUCCAACGCCUAUACUGCCUCAACAAAGUGUUGAAAUUCAGAAUUCUUCGGAUAUCCCUAUAUCUCCAUCUUCAAAUGGUUCAACUUCAUUGUAUACAGCACCUAUUUCUUUGCAAACUGACAUAAACUUAUGUUCUCGUCGCCCGGUGUCUGACCAAAAGCCUACAGUCAGUACGUCAAACAUAUCUUCACAGUUAUCUACUACUUCACUAGCUGGUGGCUCGUCUUCGCAGCAGAUAUUUAACCAAAAGCCUCCACUACCAUUUCAGUCACAACAGCCUGUUCCAUCUACAGUCACUCCUCAAACACAGCCACCCGGUCUCGUUCCAGUUUCAUCACCACUGUUAAAAUCCGAUGUAGAUUCUACUCAUUUAAAUAAUUUGGAUACUAUAGCUCGUUCUGCAAUGAUACUACAACAAGUACUUCAAGGGAUCACAUCAACUUCUUUGGCCAAUCCACCUAUUCCCAUAACUGAGUCUUUUUUGAGUUCGCAAGUAGAAGGAGAAAAUCAAUGUCAUGUGAAUUCAGUUUUUGCAUAUCCCAUGUUGAAUGAUAAUCAAUCAAUGACGCAACAAUUGCAUCAUUCGUCUUUCAUACCAAAUCACCAAUUUCAAUCCCAAGUUGGAACAUCAAAUGUGAAUGAUAUCGGUACAGGUUUACAAACAAUACCGCACAGUUUAGGAGUUAAUCAAAGUGAGAAUUUCGUUCAGUCAGAAUCUGAUAAUCUCCAAAAGACUGAUCAAUCUCAUUCUCUGGUUAAUUCAGAGCAUGCUUCAUUGAUUAACCAACUUACAGAAGUUAUUAUGAAUAGUGCUGCUGCUCAAGGAUUAUUAUUAAAUGGAAAUACUCAAAUAUCUUCAGUGAAUGCUUUGUACAACGACUCUCAACAAUCACAACAACCAGUAUUGAGUAAUCAAGCAGCCCUAUCGAACUAUGUAUCUAGGCAAAAUUCAACACAACAACAAAAUCAGCUGGAAAACGUAGCACCUAUAGUUAAACCAAUGGAACGUAAAGCAAGAAGAAAAUCUCAAUCGAAACCAAGAUAUAUUUUACGUGUUACUAAGAUUGAACGAGAUACUGAAAGUUGUGAACCUGGCAAUUUAAGACCAACAUUUUAUUUAGAAAUGCCAGAUAUGAAUAAUCCAAAUAAUGAAUUAUGGAAAAUAACUUUUCGUUGUAAUUUAUCUGAUACACUAGAAGACAUAAAAUUGUUCCAAGGAUCUGAUUAUACUCCUGCUAAUAAGGAUAUUGAUCGCGCUGCUAAAGAAGGAGUUAUGAGCUUACUGGAGGCUCUGCGUAAUGACGUUCAUUCUGUAAAGUUAAACCAAGAUUAUAUUUUCUAUCCUCAACCAUCUACCGUAGGAUUUGAUCAGAUAAAUCGUCUACCUAAUACUAUAUCGAAUACAUCAUUAUUUCAAUCUAAUAUACCUACCAACUGUAAUUCAACUAAUCAAUUCAGUAGCAGUGGGUUUCAGAAUACAGAUAAUACUUCACCGUACACAUCAACACUUCCGUAUGAUAAUCCAAAUUUUAUUUCCAAUUUUGAAGAAAUUCAACCAUUAGAUUCUAAAAAUCUCGAUGAUGAAGACGAAUUCAGUGAAAAUUCUAGACCAAUCUCUCCGGUCGAUAAUAUAAAUCAACAAAUAAAUUAUCCUUUUCUUCCUGCAGCCAGUAACGUCGAAUUAAUCAACAAACCUAAAAAUAAUAUAAUGCCUCAGUGUACGAUGUAUUACACUGCUUCUUCUUCUUCUGCUAUAGGUUUGCCUACUUCGGAAUCAGUGGUUAGUAACAGUAAGAUUAGGGGUGAUCUUGGCCAUAUUCCUGAAUACAUUUCUGCAUCUGAUAUUUCAAACAUUAAUUCCAUUCAACAGUCUUUGUUACCAAUGAGUUUAAACUAUGUAAAUGAUAUUUCAUCUGUCCCUGUCAGUUGUUUGGAAAAUGGAGUCGUUAACCUAUUUAAUUGCCAAGCUGGUUUAGAAGAAGUUCCUCCGCUUGUUUCACGACUUUCUGAGCAAUCAGGCACCGCGUUUACUGGGAUUUCAAGAUCAACGUCUUGCAAUGAGUCAACAGCUCGUGAUCCAAUUGUCGUUUCUCAACCAGAUAAUGUGGCUCAUCAGUCAUACAGUACUCAUCCUUUACACAAUAUGACAAAUUUGAAUCAUACAUCUGUAUGUAAUCAGGGCGGAGUUGGAUAUAAUUCUUCUGUUUCUUUCACUCCGGAGGAAUUGGUAAAUGUUACUGUCACUAUUCCUGCCUAUCUCGAGACUACUUUGAGGGUUUUGGUUUCUAACUUAUGUUCGAACCCUUCUCAUGCUUGCGUACUGAUACCAACCAUGGAAUCUAAUGAAAUCUCAUCAUUUUAUCAUUGUUCUGGUGUGCGAGUAGUUGAUAUACCUGAUGGACACAUGUUUGUUGGUAUUCCUGGCAAUCGACGCAUGCCCUCUGGUACCUGUUUACACAGCACUCUUUUGACAGCUGUCGAGAGUAAUUCAGAAAAACUCUUUGUUCUCGCAUCUGAUACUAAUUUUGAUGAUAGUCUUUCAGGACCGCACAUUUACAGGGUUCCACAAGACUCAGCUCUUGUUUUAACUCACACGGGAAACAUUCAGUUGUUAGACAAAGCUGCUCUUGUUGUUCCGGUCUGUUCAACGGAGCAUUCUCAUUCUGUCAGUCCGGCAAGCUCUCCUGUUCACGAGUCGGGCACACAUCCAGUCAUAUCAUCCGUGUAUGUCCGAAAGUUGCCUAUUCCUUCAGAUAUUGAUGCACUGAGCUUUGAUGAUGUUCUUGCUCUUUUAUUGGCGCUACGUGAUGCACCACAUGGUACUAUGCAGUCUUAUCACUCAAACGUUGUUGGUACGACUACUGAUGGGGAAAAUGUUGGGAUAGAACCAAAGACUUUGUCAUUUGAUGGUAACCCAGGACCUGAGUGUCUAAGUCGCCGAUCAUCCGCCGCUACUACAAUACUCCCUGCUGCGCCUAAUUACUACCCAACCCAAAUGCAGGCUAUCCCUACAUCUGGAAUUAAUCCUAACCAGCUGUCAUUAAAUAUGGCGAAUCAGCAACAAGUGCAAAGUCCACUUCAGUCUGGAUUAAAUCCAGCUCCCCAGUUUUCACUCCCUGUUUCUAUUGGUCAGCAACCAAUCAACCAAGUACCAGGCACAGUUUGUUCUAAUGUUGUUCAUUCACGACCUUCCCUGCUUAAUCAAAUUCAAUCACUUAUUCAAUCUGUGAACCAACCAUUCUCUCUGCAAUCACUUCCUAAUUCUUCUAUAAAAUCUGGUACUGCUUACAUAAAUCAGUCAAAUAUGUCGGCAGAUAAUAUGCAGUCAGUUCAAUCUAUCGUUGCUCAAAACCAACUAUCUUUACCACUCUCAAAUAAUUUUUCACAGCAACAAUCAUUUCCGACAAAAUUAUUGCAUAAUCAAAUGUUAGCAAAUAGUCAAAAUCAAGGCAAUCAAUCCUGUUUCCCCAGUUUACAAUCUCAACAUCAGCAAAAAGCACAACAACACCAGCAACAACAUUCUGUUUUAUAUCCACAGUCACAUUCUCAAACUCAGUCAACGUCUGGACAACCAAAAGAAUCACAACAACAAACAACAAUGCAACCAAAUACACAACAACUCAUCCAAUUAUUAUCAGCCCUCAACACUCUCCAAAACUUAGACCAGGUACCUCAGUUACUUUCGAAUCUUCUGAAGACUUCGAAUCAAACUGUUAAUGCACUUCCUAAGUCAUCUACAAAUGCGGGAGCUGUUGGUACAGCUCCAAGUGUCGGCGUAGUUCGACAUUCUAGACAGGUUUCUCCUCCAGUAUCAACACAAUCUGCAACGAUUUCUUCAACCCAGUCUCAAACAAACCAUAUGUUUCAACGCUUUAAUAGCGUAGCAUAUCCUGUAUCGAAUUCAGCAGCAUGUGCUGCUGGUGUGAACUCCCUGCCUGAUUUGUUGGGUCGUUUGCUAUCCUCUGCAUCUGCCAACCCUGAAUGGCCUAAUGUUAAUGACUCUAAUAAACCUCAAGGUAUUCAAAUGCAUCCCUCAUUCGCACAAAGUAAUCUUUCAUCAGCUGGAUCCAAUGUAGAAAAUCAAGAGGGUUUGAAUAUACAGUCUACAGUAAAACCGCCAUCAGUCCAGGGUGGUGGAAUUCUCACGCCCCAACAAUCUCAACAGCCUAAUCAACAACAAUUGAUCCAAAUACCAACACAUCAGCAGCCGACUCAAGUUCAGUCUCAAGCGCAACCAUCUCAAAUCACAAGUUCACAACAAUCGUCUCAAACUCAACCACACGUCGUACAGCAAUCUCAUACAUCAAUACCUUCUACUCAGAACCAAUCACAGCAGCAGCUUUCUCAUAUGUCCGGACAAAUUCAGCAAGUAAAUCAACUGCAACCGUCAACACAACCAACACAAAUACAACAGCAACAAGCUUCUCAAAUGUUAUCUCAGAUACCAUCACUUCAGACACAACAACAACAACAGUCAUCUACUGUUAAUUCACAAAUGCAAACACAUCAAGUACACCAACAACAAGCUUCUCAGAUUCCAUUACAACAACUAGGUUCUCAGUCCCAGACACUGCAAACAUCACAACAACAGCAGUCUCAGACUCUUCAUCAGUCGUCUAAUCAACCUCAUAUCACACAACCUGUUUCUGGGCACCAACAGUUUCAACAUAAUUUACAACAAUCUCAGUGGCAACAGCCACAACAUUCAUCAAAUGUCACGCCAAAAUUAUCUGCUCCUUUGCCAAUCAGAGAUAGAAAUCAACAACAGCUAUCUUUACCUGCUGCUCAUUCGUAUCUGAGUCAAAUUUUACCCGAGUUAGCAAAUGCUGUACGCUUGCUUCAACAAACGUCUGACAGUAAUAGUGCUGGUUUUCUUCCUUUAGAUGUUCAAAAUAAAUUAAUCACUCUUUUACAACAACAACAACAUGUCCAAAAUCAACCCUUGCAGCCAUCACCGCAAGAAUUAUCAUUCAAUUGCACAGGUACAAAUGUUGUAUCAUCAACUUGUGCAGCCGUAAAUAAUAAUACUAAUCAGAUUUUAAAUAUUCACCCUGCAUCCAGCAGUUCUAAAUUACCUAUCCCUUCUCAUUCGAAUUUCGCUUCUUUGAAUCGGUUUAUUGUUACAUCUCCCAAUGUCCUUCCUAAUGCCUCGGUGCCUAAUCCAAUUUGUACUGCUGUAAAUUCCAGUUCAACACGUGAUCAUGUAGUAUUACCUUUUAAUAUGACUAAAGAAAUAAACAAAGUCGAGUAUCCUCUUACUAGUCUACCAACUGAGCAACUAAGUAUCAGUUCAACAAAGUCGAUGACUGCUUCAGCAACGACUGUCGCUAACAAAUUCACAGUAGCUCCUGCAAAUCUGGAAGAUGAUGACCCAGGACCUUCUACGAUUCCUCAAAUGUCUGGACCAAACCAGUUACAUCAAGCCACUCCUCCAAGACCACCUAGACAACAGCGUGCGUAUGCUGCAUCAGUAGUUGGAGUGCAUUCAGCAAACGAAUCACUAGGACAUGCAUCAAUGGCAAUUAGUGGGACAAAUAUGAAUCAAGUUUUGCCUAAUGCACCAGUUACAAAUGUCAGUGUAGGACCUAAUAUAAAUCAAUCUCUGCCUAUUGGACCAUUGACAAAUGUCAAAACCGCUUCAAAUGUUCCAUCAUUAAACAAGAUUGAGAAUAUACCCUCACAAUCUGGCCCAUCAGCUUUAACUCUUCCAACUACUACAUUAACCGUUACUCUACCUCAAACACAGAACCUUCCUCCUUCUCAGCCUAAAUCAUCUGUUGUGAAUGUGACAAAUCCCAUUCUGUCGAAUGUAGUUCAUUUAUCUACUUCUCUAAAUCCUGCCUCUAGUGGAACCAAUCCAAUCCAAUCCGGAUCUCAAAUUUCAACUUCAAAGUGAAUUAGUUUCCUUAGUCCGAAAUCCGAAUGUUCUGGUUUUAAUAAGCACCUCCUUAUAAAGGCAGUAUUGGUAUUUGUAACAUCGGCGCCCUAAUGUUUUGAUCGUCUGAUCGAUAUACACGCCUGCUUUUCAAUCAUCAACUGUAUUUCGACAGCCCGGUGUUUUAUUCGCUUUUUCAGGUGUUUUCACCAAGUUAUAUCUAUCUAUUUAUCUCUCGCUCAUGAUAUAUAUAUAUAUUUAUAUAUAUAUACGGCAUGAUGAUUUCUCAUCUAUUAACAUUUGCUGCAAUAUAGAUUUUUGUUCUCUAUUUCUGUUUUCAUUGCACAAGUUGAACAGAUGUUGUCCUGCGUCUUUCCAUACGAUCUCUUUACUUUGCCUUUUUGUUGCAUGUUAACGAGAACAAAAACAUUCAGUCAUAUGAACAAACAAGCGAAACAAAGUAGAUCUAUUUUAUGGCUUUCUCCUCUAUAGUUAUCUUAAUUUCAGUACAUACAUAUUUCUGUGUUUUUCUAUUACUCUCUCUUUCUGUUUUCUGCUUUGAGGUCCCAAUAAUUGUCUUUUAACGCUUCAAAUUUUUUCAUUUAUUCAAAUUUUAUGUGCUUUCUGUUUAAUCUUGUUUGUGGAUUUUUGUGUUUUACAUAAAAUAAGAAAAUGGUAUGCUUGUUUCUUCUCACUUCCAUGCUACAUACAAUCAAUCAUUCCAGAAUUACAUUGCUUAUUCUGUUUUACACCUCCAUUACAGACAUAUAUAAAUAUAUAUAUAUAUAUAUAUAUAUAUAUAUAUAUAUAUAUGUAUAUGCAUGUAUAAAUAAAUAUUUGUUUAAAAAUAUUCCGCUUGUUUGUUCUCAUUACUGUUUUUUCUUUGCCCAUCUGCCUAGUUCAAUAAUAGAGUUAAUGUUCAGUCUUUCUGAAGUAGCGUUUGAACAUUCAUUCAACAAUAAACAAUCAAAUUUCUUUGCUUAUUAUUAUUACGUUCAGUCAGAAUUAGUUUUGUCCUUAUGUGUUAUUGUUUUCUUAUUUUUUUUCCCGCUUCCUUUGUCCUUCUUUCUUUCUUCAAUUCUUUAUUUCACACACCUUUUGUUUUUUUCUUUGUCGUUGUUGUUGUUGUUUCUGUUCCAUUUUUUUUCAACAUGCAUCAACAAUUUAAGUUUUUCUAUCAAUGCUUCUUAAUUGAUGAAUUAUUAUUUUUCUUGUAGGUGGACCUUUUGCAGUUCCUCAUGUUUUCAUUUUCAUUUUUUUAUUAUUUAAAAUGAAAAGGAUUAUUGUUGAUCAA